AAUAAUGCUUAGUCAUCUUAAGAAUUAAAAUAACGUAUUUCUUAGAAGCAGUUUAGUUCUUUUUAAUGUAGAUAAAAGUCUAUAGCUCUCCUGAGUGAUUGACUUUUAAACGUUUUAUUAAAGUCUGUUUUUCUCACAACGAUUCUUUAGGCAAAACAAAGUCAAUCUCUAAACCCUUUAUUCUGGGCACAUUACUCCUAUUAUGCCCUUUCUGGUUAAUAAGAAGCACGAUUAUUUAUUACUGAGUUUUGAUUUAAUUUGUAAAAAUCUACCAUCUCAAUUUACCUUGGUAAGAUUUUGAACAAAGAAAUGAGGAAUAUCAAGAUCAGAGUGUAUUUACAUGCCAUUUUUCUCCAGGGAAGAGGAAAGUGAAUUUAUAGGAAUGAGGGUUUUUAAAAGGUGGAUGUUUUAUUUGCUGCUGCUUCUAACACCUCAGAAUCAUGGUAAAAGACAAAGUUUGAUGGUUACUUUUAUUGUUAAACUGAAAGAUUUCCUUGCCACUGACAAACUAAAUACCAAGUACUCGACAAAUUACCCCACUUAAUCCUAAUGUUAUGAUGUGAGGCAUGUUAUGAUUACUUCCAUUUAAAUGACAGAAAAACAAGGCUGGCUUUUGUCUUCCAGCUCAAAGGAGGCCAAGGUGCAACUUUUUUCAGUCGUCCUGAAUCGGAUUCAUCUGACACAAGCUGCCUCCACCAUGCUGCUGAAGUUUGACCCCAAUGAGAUUAGAGUCGUAUACCUGAGGUGCAUCGGGGGUGAAGUCGAUGCCAUGUCUGCACUGGCUCCCAGGAUAAGACCCCUGGGUCUGUCUCCCAAAAAGGUUGAUGAUGACAUUGCCAAGGCAACUAGUGACUGGAAGGGUCUAAGGAUUACAGUGAAACUGACCAUUCAGAACAGACAGGCCCAGAUUGAGGUGGUACCUUCUGCCUCUGCCCUAAUCAUCAAAGCCCUCAAGGAACCACCAAUAGACAGAAAGAAACAGAAAAACAUUAAACACAGUGGAAAUAUCACUUUUGAUGAGAUUGUCAACACUGCUCGACAGAUGCAGCACCAAUCUUUAGCCAGAGAAGUCUCUGGAACUAUUAAAGAGCUCCUGGGGACUGACUACUGCCCAGUCUGUGUCUGCAAUGUUGAUGGCCACUACCCUCAUGACAUCAUGGAUGGCAUCAACAGUGCUGUGGUGGAAUGCCCAACUAGUUAAGAAGCACAAAGGAAAAAUUUCCAUAAAGGUUCAUUUGACAAGGCUGAACUUACCCAAAAUUAGACAACUAAAUCGUAAGGUCAGAGUUUCAAUCCUGUUCUAUGGAAAUCAAAGCUGAAAUUCACUCCAGAACAUGAGCCUCUUCUCUAUUAGGCACUGAAUUCUCCAUCCUGGAGCCUAUAUAUUGCUUUAACUUGAACAUCAUUUUCUAUUUUCAUUCUUUGCAACUUCUUGCAAUUCAGUUAUCAGUAUGGCCUACCAUCAGUAUUUAUAAGAGGAGCAGGAUCAAGUCUUUCCGAAAGUUGCUCACUUCUGUAACCUGCUUCUCUAUCCUAUCUAAUAUUAACUUUUAAAUGAAAAAUCCUGUUCUGUUCAUCAAAAUUACCAUGAGGUCCAAAACAAAAACCCAUCCAACUGAAGCUACAUAACAGCUGGCUAACAUACCAAAGGUCUUAACAUGAACCAGUAAAAUCUCACAAGGAACCAGAAUUCAUUUUGGUGGAAUCACUAAAGAAUGUUUUGAUUUAAAUAAAUGCUUAUCUCCUUACACCUUAUACAAAAAUUAAUUCAAGAUGGAUUAAAGACUUAAAUGUUAGACCUAAAACCAUAAAAACACUAGAAGAAAACCUAGGCAAUACCAUGCAGGACAUAGGCAUGGGCAAGGACUUCAUGUCUAAAACACCAAAAGCAAUGGCAACAAAAGCCAAAAUUGACAAAUGGGAUCUUAAAGAGCUUCUGCACAGCAAAAGAAACUACCAUCACAGUGAACAGGCAACCUACAAAAUGGGAGAAAAUUUUCGCAACCUACUCAUCUGACAAAAGGCUAAUAUCCAGAAUCUACAAUGAACUCAAACAAAUUUACAAGAAAAAAACAACCCCAUCAAAAAGUAGGCGAAGGAUAUGAACAGAUACUUCUCAAAAGAAGACAUUUAUGCAGCCAAAAAACACAUGAAAAAAUGCUCAUCAUCACUGGCCAUCAGAGAAAUGCAAAUCAAAACCACAAUGACAUACCAUCUCACACCAGUUAGAAUGGCGAUCAUUAAAAAGUCAGGAAAUAACAGGUGCUGGAGAGGAUGUGGAGAAACAGGAACACUUUUACACUGUUGGUGGAACUGUAAACUAGUUCAACCAUUGUGGAAGUCAGUGUGGCGAUUCCUCAGGGAUCUAGAACUAGAAAUACCAUUUGACCCAGCCAUCCCAUUACUGGGUAUAUACCCAAAGGAUUAUAAAUCAUGCUGCUAUAAAGACACAUGCACAUGUAUGUUACUGUGGCACUAUUCACAAUAGCAAAGAUUUGGAAUCAACCCAAAUGUCCAACAACGAUA